AUGCCCACCACCCCUAAAGCCGCCGCCAUUGGUAACGGACAAAAGAUCGCCACCGUCACCCCUGCAGCUUCACCUGCUGGCUCUGUCGCCAGACCCUCCCCUUCAUCUGCUGGCAUGAGCACUCCUGCCGAGGCCCAUUCGACUCCUCUCUCAAAGAACCAAAAGAAGAAAAAGUCCAAGGCUGCCAAGGCUGCUGCAUCUGCUGCCACUAGCCCUUCUGCUCCCGUUGCUGCUGCCACCGAACCUGUCCCCUCCACCCCUGUCGCCAAUGUCAAGCAGCAGCAAGAGGCAUCGAGUUCAAUCACUCCUACCGUCGAAUCAUUGGGUCUUUCCGAGGAAAAGACCCCUGCCAAGGACGCCUCUCCCAUUGCCAGAAACAUCCUCGCAGAACCCACGCCCGUUACUCUUCCUCAGCACCCAAAACGCGCUCUCGUUGCUCACACUUUCCUAUGGAAGAACGGUGGUGAUGUCGUCAAGAUCACCGGCACAUUUGACAACUGGGGAGAAUCGAUCGUCUUGAAGAAGGUCCAGGGCAACCCGGACCAGUCUAAGGUCGCUAUCGAUCUCGAUCGUUCUCAAAAGAAUUUGUUCAAGUUCAUCGUGGAUGGUCAAUGGAGGUGCUCAGACGAGUUCCCAACCGAGUACGAUAACAUCGGCAACCUUAAUAACGUCUUGCCUGCUUUCGACGCCUAG